ACUACUAAUCUGCUUUUAUUUCUUCCUUGUAGCUUCGCAGGGGGUUUCACGAGCUCUGCGUCAAAACUCAAAACAAAACCUGGCCGUUGGUGGUCGUGACCCCCUGAUCCCAUGGUCUAGAUGAUUCUUCGUUCAUGAAAGCUAGAUCGAAGCUGCUGCUCCUGCUCGUUUAUCUCAAAAUCUGCUCUUUCUUUAAUCAUCGCCCCGUUCCUUAGAAACGCGGAAAACCCUCUUUCUCUUUGUUCCUACGCUACUCAUUUAUUACUACUAUCUUCUCCAUCGACUGCCUACAGAUUUCCGGCAGAGUUUUUCAUAGUAGCAGAUAAAAGCUUAUAAUUUUUGUAGUCUUUCUGACGAAGCAUCUAUUUAUUUAUUUAUAAAACAUUAUUAUUCGAAGGGAGAUUUCUCAGAUUUCUGAUGGCUUCGAAUUUCGACCGGUGGGAGAAGGAUCCUUUCUUCUCCGCCGCAGAGGAAGUUCAGGAAUCCGCUGACAGGAUGGAAUCCGCAUAUAGAACCUGGAUCCACGAAACGAAGGAAGCUUCUGGCAUGUGUGACUCGGAUGAGCUUCGAAGGGAUCUACAUACAGCCCUUGGCACAGCAAAAUGGCAGCUUGAGGAGUUUGAACGAGCGGUGAGAUCGAGCUAUCGGCAUAGCUCGGCCCAGGAUGCAAGAACCAGGCAUCGCCAAUUCAUUGCUGCAAUCGAGAGUAAGAUUGCUACAGUUGAAAAUUCGUUAAAGGAAUUGGUCCAUGCAGAAGGCAAGUCGUUACCUUGGGUGAGUUUGGAUGAAGGAGAACGGGAUGAGCUUGCAUUGUUUCUAUCAUCUCCAUCUUCACAUGGAGACAGGAUCCCUGCUACGAUCCCUGGCAGGGACGAAGAAGAAGGUGCUCCACCAGGUGUGCGUGGAGAAUCACUGCCUGAUUGUUCCAAAAAUUGGAACCAUUCCGCCGAUUGUGGCUCACAAGAGACUAAAGACGAUAGGUUGCAUGGGCAUUGGAGAACAACAAGUGCUAGUGCCGACAUUGGGUUAUGGAAGAUUGCAAUUGAUCACGAAGACUUCCAAAAUAGUUCUUUUGAUAGACCGCCUGAUUUACCCCCUCCUAAGGUGCUUAGUUUCUCUGGGUUCCUAAGGACAAUGGAACCUCUCUCCAAACUGAAGUGGACCAAAAAUGGUUUUAGGAAAUGGAAGUGUGGGGAUCGUUAUCAAGCAGAAGGUACUUCCCUCUUGCGGUCUGAUCAGUUGGGUCGGGGAAUUAAUGCGUGCUAUGAGAGAAGCAAGAGCUGCAUUGAUGGCUAUGAUGAUUCAUAUGAUAAACAACUCUAUGGUUGCUUUGGAGCUGUCCAGAGACAACUACAGCGGUCUCAAUAUCAGAUACAAUAUGGUCGGCCUAUUCAACUGAUCAUCUGGGUUGCUCUGGCCUUAUUCUUGAUUGAAGUGUGUUUGAAGUGUAGAGGUGUAUCUGGUGUGUUCUAUGUGACCAGCACAUUCCAAUGAGAAUAAGUGCCUGUUUGAGAGGGCUUUCCCCUAAUAGUUCUUGGCGUUGCAACUUGCAAGGUGGGACCUUCCCGGACAGCCUAUAAUCAAUAUUUAGCGGAAAACCUGGAAAGCCUAAUUUUUCUGUCUUUCAGCCCCCAAAAAAAGGCUUUCAGUUGAAGCUCCUUUCAGUGGCUUCUCCAAAGCACUCGAAAGCUUCAGCCCUCCCAAACGGGCCUUCAUCUUUAUAAGGAAAAAUCUAUAGGAUAGUUUUAAAACCAAAAUUGCUGUAUGGACAGAGUUCUAGGCAAUCAAGAAAAUGCUAGUGACAAAUAAAUUUGGAGAUCCAACCUGAAUGGCAGUUUUUCCAUUAAAUCAGCCUACAAUGAAACUUGCAUAAUGAAUGGCAAUAACCCAGGAAAUUGGAAUAGUUCCAAAAAAGUGUGGGGUAUGAAAACCUUCCAAAGUACGAAUAUUUCUUAUUCUUGCUUCUCAACCUAAAGCUGCCCACACAGAAAAUGCUAAUUUUGAGAGGGCUGAAUAUUGAUGGUUCCUGUGUGAUGUGUGGAGAGUAAGAAGACAUAGACCACAUUUUUAUAAAUUUCCCUAUUGCUAAACAAGUGUGGGAUAUUGCUAGACUCACUCCGGAUUCCCAAUGACAUCAACAGUAAUAUUUGUGAUUGGUGGAAUCUCAUCUCGAGUAAUAAUGAAAUGGAUCCGGGUGGCUCCUAUAGAAAGGAGAAAUUUGUGGUCCUCUAGCAACUUUGGAAGAAUUGCAAUGAAUGUGUUUUUAAAAAUAGGAGGUUGCCACCCUCUAUUAUCAUUGAAAGGGCUUAUAAUACGUUUUUGGAUAUCAAAGGGGUGAAUGGUGGAGAUCAAAGUAGUUUGAGAAAGAAGGAAGUUGUUCCUUUAGAUGGAAUAGUCCUGAUUUUGAGGCUAUUAAAAUUAAUUUUGGUGCCUCGUGUAUUAAUGGGGACUGUUCAGUUGUUUGUGUUUCCAAGGAUCACGUGGGUCAUAUUUUGGAUUUCAAGGCUUACAAGCUAGGUAAAACUACAAUUAAUGUAGCUGAAGCGUGGGCUGUAUGGGAGGCCCACAAUCUUGGUCUUAACUUUCCUAACAGGUACAUCAUCAUCAUCGAAGGUGAUUCGAAGCUAGUAUUGAUAGUCUAAAAAGGAUUUCCAGCCCCCCGUGGAGAGUGCGUCCAAUUAUUGAAGAGUGCAGAGCUUUAAGGGAGAGAUUAGAGGGAAUAAUUGAGUAUCAGCACAUCUACAGAGAAGGAAAUAUUGCUGCAAACUGGCUAGUUAACCAUGCUCACACCAACGAAGCAUCUUUCAGCUCCAUUCCUAGGCCUCUAAGUGUAAUCGCUUGUUUUGAUUUCUGGGGACGUGCUACCCUCGGAUUCUGGUUCUAUAAAAAAAAAAUCAAGAAAAAACGUGUUACAUAAAAUGAGAAUAGUUGAGAUGAGGAUGCUGAGAUAAAUGAGCAAGACUAGAAAGGACAGAAUCACGAGUGUACUAGUUAGGGCUUGGGAGUAGCUCCAAUUAGUGAAAAGAUGAUAGAAAGUCAACUAAGAUGUUUUGUCAUGUGCGUUGAUUCACCAAUGGGAAAGAGUGCAUUUAUGCAAGCAGAAGGUUCUAAAAGAAUGGAAUGACAUUUUCUCUAAGCAGUGAACAGAGUGGAAUGACAACAAUAUUCAUGUAGCCAACCUGUUAUAAUUCGGACAAAGCUUAUUUAAAUCUAUUUGGACUAAGAAGGUUCUAAAAAAGAGCAAGGAAUGCCGAAGAAAAAGCGGAAAAGUACGGAUAGGGUCAAUGCAGAUUUCUGAAUUUUAUUACAAACCUAUAAACAUUUUAAAUGUCAAAUACCCUCAUUCUAUGCCCCAAUGUCUGUCUGUAAAUUGGCAUUAAUUCCGAAUUGGCAUUUACCCCAAUUGUACUUUGGGCCUAAAAAUUCUAACUCGGGGCUGAAUGAUUCUCCUAAAAAAAAGUGGUCCGAAGUGGUGAAAAAUGAUUCAAGGAUUUAUAAUCUGAAACAAAACAUGUUUUGACAGAGCACGAUGGUGGGACAGUAUUUGUGUAACCGACCUUAAUGGUCGGGGUUCAAGCUAAUUUGAGUUGUAUAUUUCCAUUGGUUAACAAAAUACAGAAAAAUUGUCAAUAGAUAAAAAGAUUGAGAUCAAGGUACCAUUUCUUGGUGCAAUAGAAAAAUCUUAGAGCUGAUUAGCAUGAGAACAUGGAUUUUGGGUCUGGUAAUGGCCACUUAAUGCCAAAAAUGCUGGGGACGGGGCAUAUCCAAUCUAUCCUUCCCAAGAUCCUGAACAGUUAACUGGGACUAGCAUUGCGUAACAACCCUUGAAAUCAGCAGAUAAAAUGAACAUGACUUCGAUUUAUUUAUUUACUUUUGGGGGGGGGGGAUUUUACAUUUUUUAGUAUUAGAGAUUAAGUCGUCUGUUUCAAUAAGCACAAAUAAAUAAACCAAGAAGGUUGUUACUUUAUCUUGAUGAUUCUCUUAAUUAAUUAAGAGCUGGUUAAGUAUAUGCGAACAUCUAGAAAUAAGAAAAUGACGCUGUCAGAAACAUGCUAUAGUUUUCAAGGCACUAAAGUGAGGUUAGGAAACAGGGGGAGGGGUGGCUUGUCUUCUGGUUGCUUUGGUGAUGGAUUUUUCUUUUGAAUAAAUACAUGAAUCUUAGGGUAGUUUCCUAAGUUCCGCAGCAAGCACCAACCAUAGAAAAUUAACAUAUUAAUGAAAGAAAGAAAAGAAAUUUCAGAGAAUAAAAGGGCUGAGACAGUCACAGGAGAAUUUUUUUUUUUUAAGUUAACUGAUGGAAUGUUAACAGAGGGGAGUCUUUGUUGGAAUCCAAAAGUUUAAGGGGUGUAAUUGCCACUAUCCCCAAAAUAUAGGGUAAUAAUUUAAAAUUUACCCUAAAAAUAAAGUAGUAUCUUAAUUUUAUCUCACAAACUGAAUAGUUAGUUUAAUAAUGUCCGUUAGGGGUGUUCACAAUCCGGUUUAGUGCGGUUUAGAGAAGAUUUGAGACUAAAUCAGUAAAUUACGGUUUGAAAAUUUCUCAAACCAAACCAAACCGUUUUGGCGUAGAAAUUAAACCAAACCAAACUAUUAUUACGGUUCUUUGAUAUGGUUUAGGGAACUUUGGACCAUUCUUUGAUUCCAUUGGAAAG